AUGAGUUCAAUGGUUGGACCUUCAGCUACAGGUGAGAAGCAGAUCAAGUAUACAAGACUAAAUGUCGCUCCACCACAAGCAAACCGAAACGAAGCCGAUCAACCCCUAAGCAGCAAGUUUCUCCAGAAUAUUCAGAUUAUAACACGAGGAGUAGCAUACUGCCUCUCGGGCCAUGUUUGCACGAUUGGCGCAGCAACAGUUGUGGCGAUCUUCAUCUGUUCAAGAGCAUUCCUCAACAUUCGCUUUACAACGUCGCUAGAAGUGGUGGCCUAUGGUACAGUUUUCCCUCUCACUUUCGGGAUUCAGGUUGCUUUCGACAACCGCGAGCGCGCUCUCGACGGCCUUGCGUGUAUCAAGUCAAUGAUCGCGAGCAUAUUCUUCCUCCUCAAGUCAUGGGAGGUCGGCAAAGGGGGCAAGAUACAGAGAGCUUUUACUCCCUACUUCAAUGAGCUUGUCGAGAACAUGCAGAAGUACUGCAUAAGAGAGCAAGUGCGGCAUUCCGACGGUCAAGAGUCAGCGGAUCAUCUGGUCUACGACACGUUUGCUAAGAUUGCGGCAGAGAUUGAGCUGCAAAGCUCUACUCUGGGCUAUGAGUCUGGGACAAAAGGAGGUCAGAUGGGCAAGGGCAGGGCGUGGGAAUGCCUGAAACGAAUGAUCUGCGCAUGGGAGGAUGUGAAGAUGGCCCGUUGCUACAUCAGUCCUCGUGGUCUGCGCUGCUUCUGCUUCUUCACCAUUCAUGUGGCGCCCAUCGUCCUUGCCCCUUACUGGUUGGAUUUUUGCAAGUCGGAGCAAGGGGCAGAAACUCUGGAUCCUCUCUAUGGAUGUUACUCGGCCUACUUCCUUGGGAUUACCUUUUCUGUAAUUCUCAUCACCCUGCACCGAAUCCGGGAUGCACUGGACUCACCAUUCACAACGACAGACUUCGAUCAGAUCAAGUGGCAGUUCUGGAAAGAGCAGAUGACGCAACUGAAUUCUUUUGGCCCCAAUGGGCCAGAGCUGAGAGAAAGCUUAGGUUACGGAGUCGGGUGCCAUGGUGAGAUGGCUGAACGGGGAUGCUACUGA